CUUCUGCGCUCCAGCCAGACACCCGUGGAGAUUGCAGUGGUGCACAGUGUAUUCUUUUUCGUCUUUUCGCAGUGCUCAGAACUGCGCGCGGCUAUUAAGAAGAUAUACGAAGUUGGAUCUGCCAGAUCCCCACCUUCGAACAGUGCCGACGUGCCGACCGGCAAACGUCAUUCACUUCCCUGUCCUAGUUUGAUCUCUUCCAGUCGUUGGCAGGAUCUGCUCAACUACCUCCACUCCAUUAUUCCUGAGCAAUCAGUACAGUUGCCUGGUAUGGAUGAACCUGAGGUCAGGCAGCCGCGGAUGCCGGUUUACUUUGAUCAUCUUCUCCUUCGUCUGUUACCCAUCCUGGAAAUAUUCUUCACCUCCUGCCUAGACAAUCCACCGCCCCUCCUUCAACUUGCACGUUUUUGCAAUAUCGUCUCACCUAUCAUGCUCCUCCAUCUCUUCUCCUUUAGGAAGUCAAACCUGAUAGAAAAGGUUUGCUGCCAACUGAUUAUCCGCAGUCUCCUGCACGAACACCAGCAGUUGGCGGUUUGCACCAACCGCGCUUUGCGACGCGACUGCGCGAUGCGCUUUGCAGACCUCGGUGUCUCCGGUCUCUUCUCUCCGCCCGCUUGGAAUCACCUCCAGUCGGUGUUCGAGUGCGCUUUGGCGAAAGCGGAGGCCGCCACCUCACCAGCAGCA